AUGUCUGCCCCCAUCGAAACAAACAAGCUUACUUCCUCGAGCGGGCCUGAGUCGCCUACAACAGUCCGACCCCUGGAUCUGUCCGACGACGAAGACAUCCAGGAAACAGGUGUUCUCGGCGGUGAGGCUCCUACUACAUCUCAGGCUACCACCAAGACCACCAACACCAACACCACCUCGUCUAACAUGACCUCCUCGACACCCGUCGCCGCCGAAGCGGCCCCACCAAAGCCCCCGAGACCCUCCGGCGAGACGCAGAAGACGGAGGACAUCUUGAAGGAGGCCUUUCCUAGCAUCGACAUCUCCGUCGUUAAGGCGGUCCUGAGAGCCAGCGGCGGAAAGAUUGAUCCGGCUUUCAAUGCCCUCUUGGAAAUGACUGAUCCCGAUGCGGCCCAGCACGAGACAACCGACGAACAACCCCCUCCCCAGCCUCCCCGCCCCCAGGGCGGCGCGCAGCUGUCCCAGCUCGAAGCCGACGAGCUCUACGCACGACAGCUGGCGGAGCAUUUUGACAAUGUCGGAAGCUACGAAGCUAGAACCUCUAACCGGAGCCCCGGCGGUGGCGGCGGCCGUGUGAGGAGGCAGCAGACCGGCCUCGAGCCCAGACCGAACGCCGAGGACCGCGAACCCAACUUCUUUGACGAUGAGUUGCCGGUGAUUCAGGAGAAGCUCCGAAAGGGGUUCGUGGAGACGCAGGGCAAGGUCAACAGCUGGAUCACCACAAUGAAGAAGAGGUUUGACGAGGAGUUUGCCGACGAGGAUGAAUCCAGUCACCAGUGGCCGGGUCAAGGCCAGGGCCAGGGCCAGUAUGGCGCCCGACGACCCGGCGAGUCGAGCCGUCGGAGCGGCGACUACGAGAGAUACGACGCCGAUCCUCAGGUGCUCAGCGACGACUUCGCGGGUAUGAAGUUCACCGCCGACGGAACGCCUCUCCGCGAUAACAACAGACCUCUGUCAAACCCUGACCUCUACAAGCCCCCUCCACCCUCAAAGUCGCCCAAGCCCCACGACGGCCGCAAGGUGGCCUUCAGGGAAGGCGCCGAGGAGAUUGACGUGUACGGCUCGUCGCCCAGACGCUCCGCCGAAGACCUGUCCGGUUCAAAGGCAAAGGCCAGCAAGUGGCAGCCCCUGUCGACGGUCGACCCGAACCCCAUCAGCGACAACGACCCCUUCAGCCUGGGCGACAGCGAAGACGAGCGGGAGGCAAAGGAGAAGGUCGCGUCCACCAGCAAGGAUACUACUACCAAGGAUGCCGGCGCCAGCUCUGAGGACAGCGAAAGGCUCAAGAAGGCCGCAGCCGAGGCUAUGGCGGAUAGUCUCGUCGAGUCCAAGAGCGGCGAGACGGCUGGUGCUGACGCCAAGAAGAAUUGA